UCCUCCGCCCCGGCUGGGCGUCCCUGGAAAGAGACGCUCCUUGCUGGUCCCAGCAGCCUCUGCCGCACCAGGAGGACGCAGCUUUGCCCGGGCGGGGAGCGGGCCCGGCUGCCGAGGAGGCGAGCGUCCCGCGGGGAUGCUCAGCCCGCGAAGAGCCACAGGACUCGGGUCCCUCCAAGUUCGCUUUCCUUCCAGGCGGCGGAAUCUUGACGUUUGGCUUGUGACUUGCCCUGCUUCUGUGAUUAUGGCUGGAAACAUCACAGGCCCUGAAAUGAGGAUUGUCCUCGUUGGCAAAACCGGUGCUGGGAAAAGUGCCACAGGAAACACCAUCCUGGGGGCCAAUGUGUUUAUGUCUUCUAUGUCACCCAGUUCCCUGACCACAAAGUGCCAAAGGGAGGAGGUUGUAAGGAAUGGCAGGAGAAUUGUGGUGGUGGACACACCUGGCUUUUUUGACACCCGCUAUGCAAACGAGGUGACUGCCAGAGAAAUCAAAAAAUGUGUGGGGUACAUCUCUCCGGGUCCACACGUCAUUAUACAAGUCAUUCGUCUGGAUCGUUUUAGCCAGGAGGAAAAAGAUGUCGCUCGGUUAAUCCAAAAAAUUUUUACCAUUCAAGGAAAGGCCUACGUAAUCCUUUUGUUCACCCGAAAAGAGGAUCUGGAUGGUAGACCCCUCCGAGAUUUCUUAAAGGAGGGGGACAGAGAUCUCCAGAACCAGCUUGCCCAGUGUGGAGGCCGCUGCCUGGCUUUCAACAACAGGGCGACUGGCCAGGAAAGGGAUGAGCAGGUGGCUGAAUUGCUUAGUUUGGUGGAUGACCUUGUGGGAAAGAACAAAGCAGCCCCCUAUUAUACGGAAGACAUGUUAGCGAAGGACCAAGAGAGAGUAGUGCGUGAGACCAGUGGUGACUGCUGUACAUUAUUAGCUAAUGCUCUUGGGCAAAAGAUUUAUAGGGUUAAAUAUAAAGCGAACGACCCCACCCUUCAGAUUCUCCUUGCUGCAGUUACUUUCAUUUUCCUGGUCAGUAGUCAGUCUGUGCUUUGUUGCUCUUCAAUCAACAGCCUGCCUUGCGGGGAGCCUGCAAACCGUGAAAAUCCUGAAUAUUGGCUUCUGACUUGCCCUGGUUGUAUGAAUAUGGCUUCAGGCAUCAAAGAGAAUGAACUGAGAAUUGUGCUUGUCGGUAAAACUGGAACUGGGAAAAGUGCCACAGGAAACACCAUUCUGGGGAUGAAAGGAUUUAAGUCUGCCAUUUCACCCGCUGCAGUGACACAAAAAACUGAAAAAAAGGAGGUUCUGACUGAUGGCAGGAAAAUUGUAGUUGUUGAUACUCCUGGUUUUUUCGACCCUAAUGUUCCAAACGACAAGAUGUCCAAGGAAGUUAAGAAAUGCGUGAAGUUCAGCUACCCUGGGCCACAAGCCAUUAUACAAGUCAUGCAGCUGGGCCGCUUCAGCGCACAGGAGAAGGAGGCUGCUCAGUUAAUCCAAAAGGUUUUUAAUUUCAAAGCAAAGGAGUACAUGAUCCUCUUGUUCACCCGGAAAGAGGAUCUGAAAGGCAGAUCUCUCCAAGAUUUCCUGCAGGAGGGAGACGAAGAUCUUCAAGAGCAGCUUGCCCAGUGUGAAGGCCGCUGCCUGGCUUUCAACAACAAGGCGAAAGGCCAGGAAAGGGAGGCGCAGGUAGCCAAACUGCUGGAAAUGAUUGAUGGCAUGGUGGAGAGGAACAGCAAGGCCCCCUAUUAUACGGAAGAAAUGUUUGAGGAAGACAAAAAGAAGUUCCCUCUGAGUUGGUGCACAAUACUCUAAUAGAGAGCAAAAAGCCUCCAUAAACAAAAAUGAAAAAAUAUUGUGGUAGAAUAGUCGAGUAAUACAAAUACAGACCUAUAGUCAAAUGCUUAGCAGACUUAGAAGACCUCCCCUCCCUCCUCCGUGCUGAUUCCUCAGUAUAAAUCACACCUCCAGAGCUCAUGUUAGCCACAGAGGGGGGAACACAGAGGCUGUAUAUUUCCCCCUCUGCAACCCUGGGGGUGCCUCCCACUGUGCCACAUCCCUCAUCCAAACAAGACACCCAGCAGCUGCUUUUUGCAGACAAGGAAAUGCACCUGAGAUGCAUUCACACAUCUCUGCCACUCUUGGCAGUUUGUCCCUCGGCUGCCCAACCCACACCAGUCUCUGUGGCUCCGGCCUCUGCCCACACUCCACCGUCCUGCUGCUCAGGUCCAUGUGAAGUUUCCCUCCCAUCCAAGCAUCAGCACUGUCAGCAAGCACAGGCCUGUAGCCAGGUGGUGGUCUUGCCAGACAAGGCUCGCUCUAAACAAUUCUGUGGCCCCGACUCCAAUCAGUCUCUCGGCUGGCCCCCUCCAGGUGUCCCCACCGCCACCAGCAUGAUGCUAAACUAGGCAUGAUAUGCCUCCUCUCCUAAGAGGCUGUGUUCUUACUGAGUGUCGCUGUUCCAGAGCAAUGGAGAUUCCUCAAAUGUCAAUGAAAGCCAGAUCUAAUAAGUGCAAUCAAGGGGAGGCUGGCUUGCAGGCAGUCACAGCCCACGUAAAUGACUCACCCUGAUGCUGGCUGCAAAAGUUAAUUGGAUAACAGAGUCAAGUGGUUUUCUCUCUCCCCUCCCUGCUCAAAACAGACCAAUGGAAAUGUGUUGUCUUAGACCUUAAACUUCGAUCUCCCCCCAGCCAGACUUCUAGUUUACAAUGGCCUCACAUGUCGAUGCAAGAGGGUGAUAAAACAGGCAGAAAACCAGUAGAGCAGAUGAAACUUUUCCUAUUGCUAUGAUGGCCAAAAGCUAUCCUUGUUGAAUUAUUUGUGCCGGUCAUGAAGUGGUAAAAGAUGAAUGCAUGUAGAAAAGUGUGUUACUUAAUUAGAACUGUUUACAGAUUUAACUAUGUGAAUUUUUAUUUGAUAUAAAAUAUUAGAAUAAUCUGUUGUAGUGGCUUAAUAAAAAUAGUUUGCUCUUUUAA